AUCAUGUUCACAACUUAGCACUUGCAUAUUUAAGGUAUCAUCAUUAUUUACAACACACACGCUAUGCUUACUACAAUACUAGUCCUCAUCAAGAUCCGCUCCCAACUCCUCCUCCUCCGCCUCAUAGUCUUCCGAUUCGUCACCCUCAGAGUCAGCCUCCUGUUCUGAGGAUUCUUCGCUAGCUGACUCUGUCCGAAGGUCUUCCAGACUUCUACUUGCCUCUUCAUCCUCCUCCCCCCCCUCUUCACCUUCCUCUUCUGGGUAUUCAUCGUCAUCCUCUUGCUGUACCAAGACCUGCGAGUUCUCCUGUUCAUCGUCGGAGGCAUCCUUGACAUCAUCUGCAAACACAACCGUCUUCUGAGCUGGUGAUUUUGACUCGGGCUCCAACACAUCUCCACUCCAUGGCUUGCACUCCUUGACGAGCUCGCCGCACCGCAAGCAGUUCCAACCUUCCCCUUCCUCCCUUUCGAUUCUUGUCGCCAAGCAGACAAAGCAGUAGACGCAUCCACAUGGGAUGGUUUCGUAAGGGUUUGUGACAUCAGUCUGCGCCGAUCCGACCACACCAGUCUUGGAAGUAGCCGCAGCCAUGAGCUCGUUCUCGUUUGUUGCCUGGUUCUGAUCCUGGUAGCAGAUGGCGCAUGUCCGUUCUGGCAAGAAGGCAAAUUCACCCUUCUUCUCCUCGGCGCCUUCACCACCUGUUGUGCUCAUAAUCUUCUUGGUUUUCCGCCACGUCCGUGCCAGCCAGCGCCUCCACCGGUUGAUUCCCACCAGCGGCAGCACGAACAGCAAAAACUCGGUGAAGGCAUGCCACACCAGCUGGCGGUUGAGGUACUCAAACGACACCUCGCGGCUAACCUGGCUGGUAGGUGGAGCGAGCCUCAUGCGCAGUACCCGGUCCAAAAGCGUCCUGUAGCGGCCUUGUAACAAGAAGACCAAGAACGACGCAAACGAAGCGGCGGCGUGAAGCGUCGACAGUCUGUCCGUCAUGCUCGAGAGCCGCUGCACCGUCGGGCUCGGCUCAUCAUAACCUCCAUCCUGCUCCCUAAGCCAGUUCUCCCACUUUGACCACAUGUACCUCCCUCCCACCGUCAUCAACCCAUACAACCCCUUCUGCCACUUGCUCGGCGGCACCAAGACACUCCCCGUGUGUCUGGCGUCUGUGUAUUUCAAAUUCUGCAGCGCAGCACCAUACGUCGCGUCAUGAUCCCAAAUGGUAAGCUUGAAUAUCACGGCCCUCAGGGCAAGCGAUAUCUCGGCGUCCCACUCAUGUUUGAUAUUGUUGUCUCCUCCUCCUCCCCCACCACCGUAGUACCGAACCGCCUCCCCUACUUGUCCCUUCAUCAGCUCGACCAGUUCCUCAUCGAGGAGUUCGGCGUCUACUUGGCCGACGCGAAAGGCUGGGCGAGUGCCCUCCCGGCUGGAGAUGGUAUCCCACAGUGAAAGUGUCGACGCGCCGAGCCGUCGGAGGAGAGGGGAUUGGGAGGCGGCGAUGCGUGCGCGGAGUUGGGAUUCGGAUUGUUGGGCUGCUACUCGGGCUGCUUCUUGAGCAUCGCGGGCUUGUCGGCGGGCAAUGAGGCGUUGCUGGGCUUGGGCGAAGGAGUGGGCUGAUUGGGGGUUGGAAGGGGGUGUUAUUGCUACUGGUGCUGGUGUUGGUGUUGAUGAUGCAGCAGCAGCAGCGACAUCCAGGACCGCUGCGCUGGGGCUGCUGCUGUCUUUGGGGGGCUUGGAAUCGCUCAUCGCAUUGGUGUUUGAACGAGGCUGAGUGAAGAUGGGCGUUUGUUUAUUGGUGGAAACGCAUAUCGUAAGGUGCUCCUUUCACAUUUCCCCCUAUGCGCCCAUGAUAAUGAAUGGCUUCUGUCGGUCCGGGCGGUCGGUCGAUGCACUCAGAGAGCCGAGGUUGGAAUCCGGACAGCAGCUGUUGCAGCUGACGGAACGGUUCAGGGAUGCGGGCUUGGCGCGUUGCGGCACGGCCCACUUGUUUUCGCCCUUCCCCACGAAUCACACUGUGGGGAUCCUUGCAAGGGGGUAUGGAUUCAAUGUUGAUUUCCAGGGUUCGAUGUCCAGCUUCAACUUCACCUCUUGACAUCUAUUCAUCCUCUUGACUUUUCUGGGAAUGAGUGAGAUUAUGUAAGGUUCAAACACCAGCCAUUUAUUCAGCCGUAAUGCUACCCUUUUUCACCCAUGACUCGGUCUGUACCAAUGUUCUGCUCCGUUGCUGACGCAAUGGCCGAGCAAUGCAGCUGCAUAGGCAUACCAGUAUGACCUGGAAGAGCACCGGGAUGGUCUCCGUUAAAAAUAGGUACGUUAGAGUUUGGACCAGAACUGGUAAGCUAGGUGGGAGAAAAGGGGUUUGGGAGAUGUCUUGAGCUGUGCUGUCCAGAUCAUCUUCAGGAUCAAUACAUACAACUUCUUAUCUUCUCUUUGCUGGUGGUGGGUUCAUGGAAACCGAUACUGAAGAGGCCACCAUGACGAAGUGGAAACUCCCCACGGCGAUCAACAGAUCUGUCGGCAUCCUGGGAGCUGGUGUGCUAGGCCGCCGGAUAGGAGCCUGCUGGGCCUCUGCCGGAUACAAGGUCAACAUUCGCGAUCCCGACACGCAGCAAACCAAUGGAGCUCUACAGUACAUCAAAAACGAGAUGUGGAGGUACAAGCCCACCGUCAGCCCCGACAAGAUUUCCGUGCAUGGUUUCCAGGACCUGAAGCCUGCCGUGGAGGACUCGUGGCUGGUUAUCGAAUGCGUGCCUGAGAAGCUCGACCUAAAGAUGAACGCCUUUGCCGACCUCGAAAAGGUUGUCCGACCCGAUACGAUACUGGGAACCAACUCGUCGUCCUACAAGUCGCGGGAGAUUGCGGCCAAAGUGAAGCCUGACACGGCCAAGCGCAUGCUGAAUAUGCAUUACUACAUCCCGCCCGACAUACGCGUUGUCGAGCUCAUGACCAGCGGAUCAACGCACGAGGACAUUUUUCCUUUUCUCGAAGAGCACCUCAAACGGUCUGGCAUGCUUCCAGUCAUGGCACACCGAGAGUCUACGGGCUUUCUUCUCAACCGCGUCUGGGCCGCUAUCAAGCGAGAAUGUUUGAUGGUGCUAUCCGAGGGGGUAGCCUCACCAGCAGAGCUCGACAUGGUGUGGAAUGAGAUGUUUGUCAAGACCGGUGUUCCCCCAUGCGAGCUGAUGGACUCAGUAGGCUUGGACACUGUGUCACUCAUCGAGCAGCACUACAUCCAGGAGCGGAAUCUCCACGACCCAGGCGUCAUAGCCUUCCUCCAAAAGUACAUCCAGGAGGGCAGGCUCGGGGCCAAGUGCAGCAAGGGCGGUCUGUACCCACCAGGUUAUACCACCAAGACUGCUGGCCAACAGCAAACCCCCUACGACAACCUGCACGCUCCGACCUUGUACAUCCUCGACCUUGGCCUCAACAACGCGCCAGAGGAGGUGUACCAACGUGGCCGUAUCCUCGUGGGCAGCGCGGAUGGCCAAACCCCUCUCCGCACCAUAGUGGACCACCAGCCCAUGCCAGACGGGAUCGCUCUCUGCCCAUCAGAAGGUAAGAUUAUCUGGGGCAACAUGGGUGUGCCUAACAAAAACGACGGCAGCAUCAUGUCGUGCAACUUGGACGGUAGCGACAUCAAGGUCAUCAUCCCCUCCGGCACGGUACACACGCCCAAGCAGAUUGCUGUUGACGAUGACUGCUCCAAGAUGUACUUUUCCGACCGCGAAGGCAUGCGCGUCUUCCGAUGUAACAUUGAUGGCUCUGGACUGGAAGUCCUCAUCCGCAACGGGGACUGGGCGACUGGCUUUGACGACCAGACGAAGUGGUGCGUGGGCCUCGGGCUUGCCCCAUUGGAAGGGAAGUUUUACUGGACGCAAAAGGGUCCGUCCAAGGGAUCCAAAGGGCGCAUUUUCAGGGCGAACAUACAUACACCUCCUGGGCAUGAUGCUUCUACGAGGACCGACAUCGAAUGUCUGUUCCAGGGCCUGCCGGAGCCUAUCGAUAUCGAGAUCGAUGAGGAAGGCAAGUUCAUGUACUGGACUGACAGAGGGGAGCUUCCUCGUGGCAACAGCUUGAACAGGGCUGAAAGGGGCCCUGAUGGCCAGUAUACCGACCACAAGAUCCUAGCCAGAAACCUGCACGAGGCUAUCGGCAUCACUCUUGACAGGAAGAAUCGACACAUAUACGCUACAGACUUGGGUGGAGCGGUGUACCGCUUCAACAUGGAUGGAACUGGGCGCAGGAAGUUUUAUGAGGAUGAGGGAUCUUUUGCGGGGAUUGCAUUGUGUGACAAAUAA